AUCAUGAGGAUGAACUCGGUAGCAUUCCUGUGCAGGAGUUGGGUAUGAAGUUAUAAUCAGAAACAAAUAAAUGUGCAAAAUCUGUGCAAAAUAAACGCAUGGAAACUGUCAUAGCAGCAGUAUAACAUGGACAGGGUACUGUCCACAAGAUGCUGUUGUCUCAUAACUAGAAGGCCUAUUAUUGCUAAAUAGUACAAAUCAAUACUAAAACUUAAUUGUACCUGGAGUUCAGCACUGAGCUAUAGUUAAAUUAAACUGGUAUAACAAUUUAAGAUCCACAAAGCAAAUUAUGUUAACAUUGAUCUGCCCUGCAGCCACCUGAAACAUGAACAGCGGACACCAUUUUUCAUUUCUGGAUUUAGGAUUUAGGAUGAUUUCGUUGUUCAUUUUUAAAUAAUAAACUAUUUCAGACGCCCAUUCAUAAAACUGUAUAGUCUACUGUGAACUGCAUUUCAGUGGCGUUCAUGAUACAGUCACUGGCCUCGCUUCAGCCUUGUAUGACGUGAAUGAUCUGAUCUCCAGGAAGUGAACAAAGUGUACCUCGUUCCCCACAAAGGGAAUACACUAACAAAACCACACAGCCACAUUAAUGACAAGGUGCCAAGAGCUGGAAUAAACAAGACGCAGAGGAACUUUUACGCAUGAAAUGUCCAGGUUUACUGAGUUCACACUUAUGAACCCCCCAGCCAGCCAGCACGUUCACAUGCGCUGACAUUUAAACGUUUUAAGACAUUUAAGGCUGCGUUUUUGUAGCCACCAUUCAUUUAUCUGAGACUGUAAUACAAUGCCAUAGAAACCUGAGGGCUUUUGAGUCCCACUGAAUAGCUGACCACGUGAUAAAUUCAGAAGUGUGGGAGUUUGCUGGGUACACCCCUGUCCAGGAUCAGGUGAUAGUGCGUAAAACUCAAGUCUUUGGUUUUUACGAGUGACUGUUUAGACCAUAUAUUACUGUCUAUAUCCAUACAGUGUAUAUAAGACCAUGAGAACCCCGGGCAUUAUAAUAUUUGGUUUAGUUUCCGCGCCUUGCGGCUGGAUCCUGACCCUGACGAGUACAGUGGCACCAAACUGGCGCACCAUCCACAACAUCACUGGACAGCCCGCAGAUUUAAUGCUGCACCAGGGCAUCUGGGAUAUCUGCAGGUCGUUUACAGAAUCCAGGGACGUCCUGUGCAACCACGAGGACAGUGAAUACUUUAAUAAUCAGAUCAUCGAGGUCGCGCGCAGGAUGAUGGUGGCGUCUCUGAUCGUGACUCUAAUCGGGCUUGCUGUGAUGACAGUCGGAACCACCUGCUGGACCGCCACACCCAGGAUAAAGCUGGCGGGUCUCGGUGCUUUUCUCAUCUCAUGUUCUGGGGUUCUGGCAAUCAUCCCUAUCUCCUGGUACAACCACAUCCUGAUGGACAUCAACUCUCCAUCUACAGACAUCCGUAUCGGGUACUGCAUCAUACUGGGCUACACAGGAGGACUAGCAGAGCUUCUCGACGGAUUUGUGAUAUUCAUUUGGAUAUACCGAUGUUGUGGAGGAAGAAAUCAGGGAGAGAGACCCGACACAAGCAUUGAACUGAGGGAUAAGACCACCGCACCAUGCACCAGCGUGACCCGGAGCCGCGCGAGCAGCGUCCCGUCGCACAUGGAGAAACUAGACUUCAACUUCCGGCUAGACAACAGAGCACACAACAUAUCACUGACCCUGUAGAAGCAGUCUUCAGCUCAGCUGGGUUUAGACCUAUUUACAGUUAAAGCCUAAUAGACACAUGUACAUAUAGGACAUAUAGGUACAUACAGGUACAUAUAGCCACAUAUAGCCAUAAUUCUCUAUGGAAUAAGACAAUAUAUAAUAAUAAGAUAUUAUCUUAUAACAGAUAAUAAGAUAAUAAUGACAAUUGAAAAUAUUUUAGCCACUUGACAAGGUGUAAUGCUUUGUAUAUUGUGCUUAAUUUUUCGUAAAGACAUUUUCAUAGAGAUUUUUCUCUUUAAAUAGCCUAGAGUAAGCACUUCUGAAAACAGAUCCAGUGUCUUAUGGUGUUAUUUAGUCUCUUAAAAAGUUUUUUUGCUUGUCAUUUUGCGUUAUAUUUGGACUUUCUGAAGGCAUCCUUAGAUGAGUGAGGUGUCUACAUUUAAGGCAGAGAAGGUAUACUAUACGGCUGUGCUUAGUGCACACACUUGUGAGGGAAAAUCAGAAAGGUCACAUGGGCCCUUCAGUGCAAUAAAUCCAUGUGAUGCUCUACAGCUCUGUAAUAGACUAACUUAAAGGGAGACCUUUCUUUCUUUCUUUCUUUCUUUCUUUCUUAUUAUUCCUACUUUCUCUUUCUUCUCUAAUCCUACAAAAUAAUACACGUAGGCUUAUUCUUGGAAACGACAGGCAUGUUAGGGACUACAUCUGUGAUCAGGUUUCACCAUCUUUAAUUCACAAUAACCUUUUAUUGUUGUUGUUAUCCUCAUAUUUUUUUUAUAAUAUUAUGUCUCAGUUGUGUUGAAAUGCAUCAGUACCCCUUUUUUUAUGAUGAACGGUUAGUUUGGACAGUUUUGGGGAAUAUGGAUGUUAUUUUUUUACUUUCAGAUAUGGCAUCACACACUCUCAGAAACAAAGGCACCAUUCCAGUAAGCUAUAUAUCUUUCACCAGGAAAUCUGAAUAUGGUUUUUAAUAAAAAAAUCAUUAUUUAAGGUACAUAAUUUGACCUUAAAGACCAUUCUGAAAGCCAUUUAAGGGUACACCACAUGCACCUUCUCAGGUAAAAGAUACAUAAUAAAGGACUUUUAUUUCUGACAGUGCAGACAGACAACACCUUUUAGGCUCACCAAUCACAUAAAGAUUUACUGUAUAUACAGAUAGCUACAGAGUAGGGUUCAUAUGAGUAGUUAUAGAUUAUAUUCCUUCAAACAUCCAUACUGCAAUUUUGAGAAAGAUUUUUAUACACUGCUUUUCUCAGAAGCACAAAUCUGCUGUAUGUGAUGAUUAUUUUAUUUCUGUGAUGAACAAGUAAAGAAUGGUACAUAAUUAAAACAAUUACAAAAACCAACAAAAGCACAUCCACCCUCUUCCUCUAUCCACCCUCUUCCUCUAUUCUGGUCCACAAGGCAGCUUUCAGGUGUCUAUGCACUGGAUGUAACUUUGAGUUAAAUGUGGUGAGGUAUCAGAGAGGCUGUAUUCAUAACUCCACAGUGGUUUAACUGGACCUCCUCAAAAGCCUCGUUGCACUUUGUACUCUUGAUGGACGAUUCAUGAACGAAUUGCACUUAAACGAUUCAUUACCACACGAAUCAAAUCCGCAUAGUUCGAUUCAUUUAAACGAGUUGUUCAAAAGAAUCGAAUCAGCAAAGCGAGUCUUAUAAGCGUUAUCGGGUUCCUCAUGCACACAGUACGAUCAUGCUCCUAUACAGCUUAAAAAGGUAAAACAUUUCAGGGUUCUUUG